CGUAAAAUUAAAUUCGCAACAGUUACCUAUUCUUUAAAACACGCCAAAAAGAAACAUGGCUUUUGCAUUCGUUAUUCUUUCUGUGACAAUAUUAAUCCUAUUAAUGUUCUACCUGAUCAAGAAAUACACCUACUGGAAGAGACAAGGAAUUCCAACCGUGAGAGGAACCCUUCCAUUCGUUGGUCACAUGCUACCUGUGUUAACUACAAAAUUAAAUUACUCCGAACUAAAUCACAAAAUGCAUAUCGAGUAUAAAAAUCAUAGCAUGGUUGGAUAUUACAAAUUGACCAAUCCAGUGUUGCUGGUCCGUGAUCCAUAUUUAGCCGAUAUCGUAUUGAAGAGCAAAUUUUCCUGUUUCCAAAAAACCGGAGUGGUCGCACAUCCAGACAUGGAUCCCCUUCUGGCGAAAAAUGCAUUUUUCGUUGUUGGCGAAGAAUGGGCGAACGCGAGAAGACGUCUGAUCAACUCGUUCACGAACGUGAAGUUGAAAACCCUCUUGGAGUCUACUAAUGUCGUGUGCAAAAAAAUGGAGGAUUAUAUCGAUCGAAGGUUGCAGACGACUAAAAAGUACGAAACGGAAUUGAAGACAUUAUGCUUGCAAUUUACCGGUGAAAUGAUUGCGAACGUUGGCGUGGGCGUUGAAGGAUACUGUUUCGAUGAAAUACCGCAUCCGGCAGCCUUCAAUCGGAUCGGCGAUUGGUUCUUCAAGUCGAACUUGAGACAAGUGCUAGAGAUGACGGUUAUGUUCACGCCUGGACUGAACAGUACGCUCAAGAUGAAAUACAUACCAGAGAAAAUGGAAAGAUUCUUCAGGGACAUUGUUUCGCAAAAUCUGGAGAUCAGACGACAAGAUUCAACUCCCAGGUCUGAUAUUCUCCAAUCGAUACUCGACUACCUGAACUGGAAGAAAGAGGAGAUCGACGAAGAAAUGAUAGCAUCUGACGUGUUAUCCUUUUACAUGGACGGUUAUGAAACAUCCGCUAUUGCAAUUAGUUUCACUGCUUUUCUUCUGGCGCAAUACCCAGAAAUUCAAGAGAAACUCCGACGGGAAAUAAUGUCUAAAAUCGAGAAAUACAACGGUGCCGUAACGUUCGAAGGUUUGAGGGAAAUGACAUACAUGGAUCAAGUGAUCAACGAAACUCAAAGGCGUUACUCUACUAUAAGCUUUAUAACUAGAGUGUGUACAGAAGAAUGCGAAUUGCGCGGCUCGGAUGGACUGACCUAUCGCGUGGAACCUGGUAUGGAAGUGAUCGUAUCUAAUCAAGGUUUCCAUUUGGACCCGGAAUACUGGCCGGACCCGGAGCUGUUCGAUCCCGAACGAUUCAGCGAAGAAAGAAAGCAUACCAUAGAAAAACUGGCGUUCCUUCCCUUUGGAGAAGGUCCAAGAUUAUGCGCUGGAAUGAAAAUGGCUCAGCUUCAACUUAAGUCCUUUUUGACCACCUUGAUUAGCAAGUAUAGAUUAGAAUUAUCAGAGAAAACGCAGCUUCCUAUCAAGCUUUCUGGUCUGAAUUUUUUAACCGAACCAAUUGGAGGACUCUGGGUUCAUAUUUCCAAGAUUUGAAGGCUACUUUUCUGUACUUCGCGACAAAGGAUCGAUAAUACUGGUAUUCGGGCUAUUCGAGUAUCGAUUAUCGCUCGAGACUAUACAGAAGUUCAACUAAUUACAAGAACAAUGCAGAAGAACGUCAUGUGUCGUGUAAAUGAAAAUGUUCCUCGCAAUAAAACAAUUUUCAACGAAACAACGCGUUUUGCGAGAAACGCAUAGUUCUCGAAAAUAAAAAAAAAAAAAAAAAAAAAGAGAUGGGUAGGUAUAUCCAGUAGAACAAUUUGACGUGUGCAGAGAAGUGGAUGAUAACAGGGAAAAAUAAUUUUUCUCUCUUUUCCUCUUGAAAAUAACGUGUGUGUUUUGCAUGGCAUUUGUACCAUUCGGAACGAUACGUUAGCAAACUGUUUGACGAGAGGAAUCGAAUGAAAUCCGCUCGGCAAACGUAACGUGUCAAUGCAUAAAAGGAAACGACGUGACAAGAGGCACGAAAUCGAUAGAGAGCAAGGGAGAAAAGGAUAUAGAGGAGGAAUAAAACGAAAUAAAUUGCAGGAAUAAACAUGAGACAGAAAACGGCACCACUCGUGUAACGAGCACGUUCGUUUCAACUUCCCGUACGAACACCAUUCGCGAAGGACUUUUACUAAAUAGUCUUCUGAUUUACUGCCACCUCGUCUGGCCACGAAUUGUAAAUAAUCAUCCUGAUCGUCGAGCAGUUUCGCGCGCACGAACCAACUUCCGGCGUUUUUGUUUCCGGAAUUAAUUCUCACCACGCGGUAACAUUUAACGACGUUGCAAAUAAUCCUGGAGAAGUUGAAAACUCCUUUGCGUUUCGAGCUUAAAUUCAUUUUCUACCCUCACGAUUUUCACGCAACCGGGGUUAAGGAAAUCUCCCAACCCUCGGCCUCUCAAAGACCGAAUCGUAAUUACUGUACGUACAGAAAUACACGGUGAAAAGAAUUAAUAAAGGUAAUACGGAGUUUAUGAAAAGCGAGCCUUCUCGAGAGGCACAGGUAAGUGCAAAAGGUGUACGGGAUCGUGGAACCGAAAGAAUUUUAAGAUAAGUUAUCGAGUAAAAUCGUCAUUUAAAUUACGAAAUUGCAGAAAAUUUGCAAUCAACGAAACAGCCUCUUCGUUUGUCACACUGUAUUAUACUGAAUAUUACACGGAUGUUAUAACCAUUCA